CUUUUUUUUUGUUUUUCCCCACAGCACCUUCAUGCCAUUCGUCUCGACCGAACUGCCGAUGAGUUUACAGAAUUUAGUUGUAGAAAAUGUGGUUAUUCCCGAAUGCAUUCACCCCGGCCGGGUAAACGUGUCCAAUGACCAGCAACAGCAUUGUUACUUCGAACCGGGCUCGAAAACUAUCUGUUUCCGGGGACUGGACAGUCGACGGAUUAUACACAUCCGGGGUCGAUUCAAUCGGACCACCGAGCUGAUCCUAUGCCAGUGGCCAUUCAAGUACUUCGAUCCUCGAGAUCUGGCUGAGCUGGUUCCCAAUCUGGAACGGCUGGCAAUCACCGGGGAUGAGCUGAAGUUGUUGAAAAACGAUUUUCCUCCGUUGCCCAAUCUGUGGGCCAUCAACAUUACCGGAACCAAACUUAACGCGACUCGUUCGGAGGCUUUUCUACAAUUGCCGGCGCUCAGACGACUCAAUCUUCGGGGUAACGCUUUGGUGUCGAUUGUGCCGUUUCAAUUCCAAACGGACCAUGUUGAUGUUUAUUUGCAAGGUAAUCCCUGGAAUUGCACCAACGAUAUGAUAUGGCUGCUGGAGGAUCAAAGUGGGUUGUAUGCCGACAAGCACAGUUUGGUCUGUAAAGAUUGGAAAUACACCGGUCGACCAAUGAUGGUGGCCAUGGAAUACAAACGGGUCCUUCGGGAGCACUGUCGCCACGAGGAGAUACGUAAUUGCACCUGUCGGAUAUCCUACCUGAGAUUAACUUUUAGCGGAAAAUACUUUAAGCCUCUGGUUACGGUUAAUUGCACCGAGAAAGGAUUCUUCCAGCUGCCCAGUUACUUGCCGCCCAACACAACCGUCCUCCAUAUGGCCAGAAAUAAGAUAAUCGACGUGGAACGAUUGUCUACGGCCGAGUACAAACAGGUUAAUGAUGUGUACCUGGACUAUAAUCGGAUUACUUCCAUUGACAUACUGGAGGACAGUUCGUGGCUGGACAAUUUUAGAGUACUUAGUCUGCGAGGAAACAAAAUUAAUAGGAUCCGGGUGUACAGUUUGGAGCACGCCAUGGAGCGCAAUGCGAACGUGGGGCAGCUCUUCCUGUCCUACAAUCCGUGGCGCUGUGGAUGCCGUUUCGCCACCCGGAUGCAGGAAUUUCUCCGCAAGCACGAAUCGGUAGUUUUGGACUCGCGUAAUAUCACAUGCUUCACGCUGGACGACGAAGGUCGCAAGUCGUACCUGCCGGUAAUGACGCUUACGCCCAAUGACGUCUGCCGGGCAUCGGAGCAUAACAAAGCCGCCGUAUACGAUAUAUUGAGCGUAAUAUUUGCCUCAUUGAUUGUGCUCAUCCUGACGAAGCUGGCAUAUGACUACUACAUUUACCGGAAGUAUGGGAAAUUGCCAUGGUUGAUAAUGAAAAUGCCUUAGUCAGUGAGAGAUGGGCGUUCCUUCCAACAAUGUUGGGUGGGAAAUGUCAACAAAAUGUGAUAUAGGCUAGUGCAAAUUUAUGAUGAUAGGCAACGUUUCAGAGAUAUAAAAUAGAAUCUAUUUACCUACUAUUGAAAAUAAAUACAACAUCGUGAAAAACGUUGCUAAAACAUGCUCUUUAAGAAAUACCGUAUGACUUGAAUCAGUAACUAUUCUCAUCUUUGAGAACCGAGAGUGGAAUUAUUUUACUAAAAUAUGAUUCCAGACAACAUUAAGUUACAGACAUUUGUUUUUUCGUUAUUCAAUGUCGAAGAGAAAAUAACGAAAAAAUGCUCCCGAAAUAAACGUGUAUUAUGGUAUGUACAUCCGCUUUGAAUCGGCCAUAAACAUUUCACUUGUGAGUUAGAAAGCUACUGCUAAAGGCUAGAUUAUGCUCGUAAUUAUAAUAUUACUUUGAUUUUUUUUUCAAUCAUGACCACACAGAAUCUACGAAAGUGGUAAAAACCGUUUUUUUGAAUUUGUCAACUGUCCAAGUGCACGGUUCAUACCUCCUUUGUUCCUGUUUCUUUCGCGUUUUCCAUUACGUGAUUGGCUUAGGCGUAGUAGUUGACCUGGCCGAUUUUCGUUAAAAAUUAAAGAAAUUUUUUUUGUUUUCGAUAAAUAUUACCGGCAUUUCGGUAAUAAAUAAUAAUAACUGCACAUAUUUUGGCGAGAAUUACCGAUAUUUCGGUAGAAAAAUACCAGUAUUUCGGCCUUACCGGUAUUUCGAGAUAAACUACAAGUGUCGAGAAUAACUUCAGCUAUUUCGGUAAAUAUUACAGGAAUUUCGCUGUACUCUACACUGCCCCUACUCGCAUAACAGUCCCAUAUGAAUUUUCGUCAUUUUUCAUCUAACCUGACAGUUCGUCAUUUUGAACAUAAGGCUUCAAUAUAAAACAAUAAAAAAAGAGAUUUUGUUCUAGAAAUUUUGAAAAAAAUAUCAACUUGUGGCUGUCCCAUAUGAAAUAUACCCGCAUAACAGUCCCAUAUGUGAAAUAUCACGGAUUUGGUUUCUUUUCAAUGCUUCUUUCGGCGAAAUAGUCUUUGAUUUAUUGCUUCGAAUCAUUUAAAAAAGAUUUAUACUCACUUGAUGUCGAAUUAUGCACACUAGUUCUCGAAGGCAGGUCAGUAAGAAGGAAGGAAUGUCUUCCUGAGCAAAAAACUAACCGAUGCAAUCAAAAUCGUAAAAAGAUUCAACUUACAAUGAAGAAUUCACGAUAUUUUUCCAAAAGUGUGUUUCUUUUUCUGAUAACUGCAUUUAGAAGUUCAAAAAUGAUCAAAUUUAAGUUUAAGAAAGUAGCUUGGUUAGCAAAACAUAUUCUGGAUGGGACUGUUAUGCGAGUAGAUUUGAAAAAGGUCUCAAAUAUGCUCGCAUAACAGUCCCAUAACGAAUAAAAUGGUGCUCCCGACGUUACCGAUGGCCCAAUUUCUAAAAUUUCAGGUCGUACGAUUUAUUAUGACAACCUAGAACACAUUCCAUCAAACGAUUUUCGUUUAUGCUGAAUGUAAUGGUUAUAGUUUAAAAAUAUAUUCCAAAACAGAAAAAGCUGAUUUUCUCGCUUGCUUGUUUUUGCAUAUGGGACUGUUAUGAAAGUAGGGGCAGUACAUGUUGUUCAAAAUAUUUUACCGAUUUUUUGUAGUUUUCCGGGUAAACAUUACCGGUCUUCGGUAAUAUUAUAGGUAUUUUCUAAUUUCAGUUUUCUCAUAUGAGGCGAAAUUAAGCAUUUAUUGAACUAAUAAGAGCAAG